AUGGCGGUAAUUAACUUACUGCUAAUCACAUUUUGUCUUGUUCAUGGAGUGGUUUCUGUAGAUUACAAGGCCGCACUUACCAAAUCUUUGCUUUAUUAUGAGGCUCAACGUUCUGGGAAAUUGCCUUCCGAUCAGAGAGCGCAGUGGCGUGGAGAUUCCGCCCUCAGAGACGGCGGAGAUAAUAAAAUUGAUCUGGUCGGAGGAUACUACGACGCCGGCGACAACGUGAAGUUUGGAUUUCCGAUGGCGUUCACGACGACAAUGCUUGCAUGGAGCGCGGUGGAGAUGAAGAACCAACUGAAGGCAAACGGAGAGCUUAGUCACGCGUUGACAGCCGUCAGAUGGGCGACUGAUUACCUCAUCAAGGCUCAUCCCCAGCCGAACGUCCUCUACGGCCAAAUCGGCGACGGAGAUUCCGACCAUGCUUGCUGGCAGAGGCCGGAGGAUAUGACCACUCCCCGUCCGUCUUACCGUAUCGACGAUCAACAUCCUGGUGCCGAUCUCGCCGGUGAAACUGCCGCUGCUUUUGCUGCUGCCUCCGUCGCGUUUUCUCAAUCUGAUUCGUCUUACUCUCGCGUUCUUCUUCACCAUGCAAAACAGCUUUUCGAGUUUGCUCGUGCUCACCCUGGUCUCUACCAAAACAGUAUUUCUGGAGGGAAAUUCUAUUCCAGCAGUGGAUAUGAGGACGAAUUGCUAUGGGCUGCUGCAUGGCUACACCGUGCCACUAACGACCAACAAUACCUUGAUUUUCUGGCUCAAGCUUCCAACAAUGGCGGCACCAGAACCUCCUUCUCCUGGGAUGACAAGUUUGUUGGUGCACAGGCACUUGUCGCCAAGCUUAUAUUGGAAGGAAAAGUGAAGGAGUCAGGGAACCUGGGUCAGUACAAGAAGCAGGUGGAGCAAUUCAUAUGCUCUUGCGCUCAAAAAGGUAACAGUAACGUGAAGAAGACGGCGGGAGGAUUGCUUUGGUUUAUGCCAUGGAAUAAUCUUCAGUACACUUCCACCGCCACGUUCAUUGCCACCGUCUAUUCCCAAUAUCUCUCCGCCGCCCAUGCCUCGCUCCCCUGUCCCUCCGGCCUUCUUCACCCCUCUGAUCUCCUCAACCUUGCUCGAUCCCAGGUGGAUUAUAUACUGGGUUCGAAUCCAAAGAAAAUGAGCUACAUGGUUGGAUAUGGAUCAAACUACCCAAGCAAACCACAUCACAGAGGAGCAUCGAUCGUAUCCAUCAAGAGGAGCCGGAAUUCGGUGGGGUGCAAAGAAGGGUUCGACUUGUGGUUCAACAAAGAUGCUCCGAACCCGAAUGUACUUGACGGAGCCGUCGUGGGUGGUCCGGACGAAAAUGACCAGUUCGAUGACUCAAGGUCCAAUUACCAACAAGCCGAACCAGCCACCGCAAACACUGCACCUCUUGUUGGUGUCUUGGCUGCUCUUGCUUAA